GUCACAUCAGUGGCAUUUUUAAAAACAACCACCAGUGGCUUGGAGGAAAAAGUACACAAAUCCUAAAAUGACUCUUUUCCAUGUGCACUUAUAUUUAACUGGCUCAGUCUUCUGGAUCAUGCAAAAAUCCAGCUCCUUCAUGCUGCCCAAUAGUACUGAACUUCUUUACUCAUCCAGAAGCACAACGGCAGACCUCACAGUUAGCCUUGGAGUACCAAGAACCCGCAGGAAACGCUAUAUUUCGCCCAGGGAAAUGAGCGCACUUUUGGACUACCAUAAUCAAGUGCGGGCACAAGUGUCUCCACCUGCAGCCAACAUGGAGUACAUGGUAUGGGAUGAGAGGCUUGCCCGAUCUGCAGAAGCAUGGGCAGAACAGUGUCUAUGGGACCAUGGACCCUCACACUUGAUGAAAUUCAUUGGUCAGAACCUUGCCAUUCAUUCCGGCAGGUACCGUUCAGUGAUGGACCUUGUGAAAUCAUGGUAUUAUGAGAAGCAGCACUACUCGUUCCCUCACCCCUAUGAAUGCAGACCCAGUUGCCCUUUGAAAUGUAGUGGUUCUGUCUGCACCCAUUAUACUCAGAUGGUGUGGGCUUCUAGCAACAGAGUUGGCUGUGCCAUCCACACCUGUACCAACAUGAAUGUGUGGGGGAACACAUGGCGGCAAGCAGUCUACUUAGUGUGCAACUAUGCCAUCAAGGGAAACUGGAUAGGAGAAGCACCUUACAAAAUGGGAAGACCUUGUUCAGCCUGCCCACCUAGCUACGGAGGGACCUGCAACAACAACAUGUGUUACUCUGGACUAAGAUCCAACAAAGUGACCUGGUUCUGA